AUGGCCGAUUCCACUGACCCAGAUGCGAAAGCGACAAGGGUGAUGGUGCCUGCGCGGCAUGUCCAUGUGGAUCAGUCAGAGUCCGGGGCGUUCGAGGUUCUGAAGGACAACAUGACUGCGCUGGAAGCCGAGCACUUGUUGAAAACCCGGUGGGCUAUCGUCAACAUAUGGCGCCCACUGAAGCCGGUUCCGCGGGACCCUUUGGCUGUAUCGGAUGCCCGUUCCUUCCGUGAUGAGGAUCUCCUUGAGAUUUAUGGACGGGUUCCUGGCAAGCAAGCGAAGAAAGACUACGAUGCCGCGACGAAUGGCAGUGGUUUUGGUAUGCUUUACGGCAAAUAUUCACCUGGCCAACAGUGGUUUUAUAUGUCCGACAUGAAGCCAGACGAGGCGCUGUUGAUCAAAUGUUACGAUUCGAGGGAUGAUGGCCGGACCGCUAGAAGAACGCCUCAUACGGCCUUUGUGGAUCCAAGAACGCGGGAUGUGAAGGUAGCUCGCGAGAGCUUGGAAUUGAGAUGUCUAGUCUUCUUCGAAGACCAGCCGCUAGCCUAG